UGCGUGGUUUCCUGUGUUUGGUUUUGCUCAACAACGUGGAAGAAGUGCCGGUUAAUUGUUCGUAGUUUAAAAUGCAGGUAUCAAAUGUCAACGAUGUGAAAAUUUACAAUUUAAGUUACGGAAAGUCUCUUCCGGAGUGGUUGUCUGAUCGGAAGAAAAGACAGUUACAAAAGAAAGAUGCCGACAUCCAGCGUCGAAUCGAGCUCAUCCAGGACUUUGAGAUGCCCGCAGUGUGUACGACCAUCAAAGUGUCUCGGGAUGGACAAUUCAUCCUGGCAACAGGCACUUACAAACCUAGAGUUCGCUGUUAUGAUACCUACCAGCUGUCCCUGAAAUUUGAGCGUUGCUUAGAUUCAGAAGUUGUGACAUUUGAAGUCCUGUCUGACGACUACUCCAAGUUGGUCUUUUUGCGCUGCGAUCGCUAUGUGGAGUUCCACUCACAAGGCGGACACUACUACAAGACCCGUAUUCCAAAGUUCGGACGGGACUUUUCAUAUCACUAUCCAUCCUGUGACCUGUACUUUGUUGGGGCAAGUUCAGAAGUGUUCAGACUGAACCUGGAACAGGGUCGCUUCAUGAACUCCCUUCAGACAAACGCUGUGGAAAACAAUGCGUGUGACAUCAACCCUGUCCAUCACUUGUUUGCUACAGGAACCUCUGAGGGAAGGGUGGAAUGCUGGGACCCUCGUGUCCGGAACCGAGUGGGCAUUCUGGACUGUGCCCUGAGCAGCGUGACUGAAGGAACAGAAGUUCAGGGUUUGCCUUCCAUCAGUGUGCUGAAGUUUGACAGUUCCCUCUCCAUGGCAGUAGGCACAAGUACAGGACAGGUGCUCCUGUAUGACCUGCGCUCCAACCAGCCGCUGCUGGUCAAAGACCACUUUUACAACCUGCCAAUCAAAUCYCUCAACUUCCACCAUCAGAUGGACCUCGUCAUGUCUGCUGACUCUAAGAUAAUCAAACUCUGGAACAAAGACACUGGGAAGCUGUUCUCUUCCAUACAGCCUCAGACUGACAUCAAUGAUGUUUGCAUGUAUCCUAAUUCAGGUAUGCUCUUCACUGCCAACGAAGACCCCAAAAUGAACACAUUCUACAUUCCAGCUCUGGGCCCUGCACCUCGCUGGUGCUCGUUCCUUGACAGCCUAACGGAGGAGCUGGAGGAGAACCCCGAGAGCUCCGUGUACGAUGACUACAAGUUUGUCACCAGGAAGGACCUGGAAAAUCUGGGUUUGUCUCAUCUUGUGGGGUCGUCUUUCCUGAGAGCCUACAUGCACGGCUUUUUCAUGGAUAUACGACUUUAUCUCAAGGUGAAAAGCAUGGCUAAUCCUUUUGCAUACGAGGAGUACCGUAAGGAUAAAAUCCGCCAGAAGAUUGAAGAGUCCAGAACACAGAGAGUUCAGGUUAAGAAGCUGCCUAAAGUGAACAAGGAUCUGGCUCUCAAACUGAUGGAGGARGAGGAUGAAGCAAUGGUGGCUUCUAGGAAAAAGAAGGGCAAGGCUCUUCCCAACAUACUGGGAGAUGAUCGUUUCAAAGUGAUGUUUGAAAAUCCAGACUUCCAAGUGGACGAGCAGUGCGAGGAGUUCCGUCUGCUCAACCCCAUCGUCUCCAAGGUGGAACAGAAGAGAAAGAAGAAGUUGCGUCUGCUGGCGGAUCAGGCUGCCGCUCAACAGGAGGCUGAAGACGAAGAGGAGCYGGAGGGAAAAGCCAGCUCCGAGGAGGACAGCUCUGACGACGACAAGAGCUGGGUGGAGGAGGUGAGGGAGCAGCGGAGGUUACUACGGCAAGAGGACCGAGAUCGCCGAAGGCAGGAGAGGAAGCAAGCUGACCGCAGCACCGUCCUGCUGGAGCAGGGGGACGGGGAAAAACYGUCCAACAUGGCUGAGAGCAAACAAAAGAGUCAGCCACAGUUUUAUCAGCUGAGAGCUGGAGAGGAGUUCACAAGCUUCAACAACAUGGCGCACAAACAAAAGCUGCAGAAGGUUUCUCUGGAAGACCGGCUGAAGUUGGAGGAAAACUCAGGAAACAACAGCGUGGCCGACACAGCAGUGGGCAGCAAACAGCUGACCUUCACUCUCAAAAAGUCGGAGCAGCAGAGGAGACAGCAGCAGGCGGAGCGGGAACAUCACAACGAGAGGAAGAAGCUGAGGCGCUCAGCCGGACACCUGAGCAGCAGCAGAGGAAGAGGAAGGGGAAGAGGAAGAGGGCGCUUCUGAAGAGACUGCUUGGACAGAUGAGACAGAACUGUCCACAAACUGAAGUCAAAAUAGUUUGGCGUUUUUUUUUCCUUAAAUUCACCUCUAAGCAGGAGGGGAGAGUUGCAGAUGAACCGCAAGACCAGAAGUAUUCUGACAAAUGAACUGGGUGAUUUUUAAUCCUCUCUGCAAAAUCACAGCAUCUUUAAAAAUAAUUACCUCUGUCAGUUUCUGUAGAAAUGUAAAACCAGACGGGGAUACUGCAGAUAAUUUAACAGGGAUGACCACAAGGAACUGAGUGUUGAGAUUCUGAAAGACUGAGUCAAUUUCAAACAGAGAGUGGAUAAAAUGUAUUUUUAUCCUGUUUGAAAAUGUAUAUUGUCAAUCUAACWCUGAAUUACUUUUACAAUAUAUUCUAUUUGGUAUAAAAUUUACCUUUCUGUGUUGUUUUUUUGUUGUUUAAGACUAAUGUUUAGAUUUUUUAACAAUGCAAGUGCAUCAAAAAGUCCGUAGUGUGUCUUUAUAUACAGUCGAUUUCUACUCAAAAACAAGAAUUAUUAAAUGCAGAGAGAGAGAAGAGCUCAUGUCCUCCUUCCUCCCAAGUUAUAUUGCCAGGAUAAUUCCUGUCAUGUUGAAUGCACAACAUGUCCUUCAGAAAGCCCGGAAACUUGUGCUGAUUUUAAACGCCUCUGAUGUCAGCGUGCUUUUCCCCCUAAGACCAGUUCGUCACGUUCUGUAACAGAAAGUUCCAGUAAAAUUAUCUUUUUUUUUCACCCUGAGAUUUUUAAUUUUACAGCCCAGUUUACUAUUUACGCAGCCUUUAAAGGAAAUUUGUAAUUUUUUUUAAGUCACUAAUAUAAUUUGACAAGUUGAUCGUCAGCUGCUGUCUGAAUGGCAUUUUUUUCUACUUUGAAUUGUUGCUUUUUGUGAUUUGAGCACACAUGCGUUCAAACCUCCCAAUCUGCAAACAGAGCAGGGUCAGUAUUUCAGACAUGUUUGUGGAAUAAAAAGACCUGUU